AUGAAAUGGAGAAAGAACACUCGGGUGUUGGAAAAGGAAACUCUAGGCGUUUUGGGAAAGGAAAAACAAAGAAAGAGGCCAGACCCAGAGGAAGAUGACAGAUGGGUGGGGGAAGAGAUUAAUAAUAUAUCAAUUAGUGGCAUGAAUGUGAAUUCAACAACAAAAAGAAUAUUUGGAAAAACAAGAUUGAGUAGCAGCCUUGAUAAAUUGGAAGCCAGGUUGAGCAGAGUUCGGGCUUCCAUAAGAAGAGAAGCUGCUCUUGUUAAGAACAUCAAUAUUUCGACAUCCAAUUCCUCCACUCUGAAUUAUCAUUUAGAUGAUGUUCACCAUGUUCCUCGAGGUCGGGCAUACAGGAACCCAAAUGUUUUCCACAGGAGUUACUUGGAGAUGGAGAAGCGGAUGAAGAUAUAUGUAUAUGAAGAAGGAGACGUUCCAAUAUUCCAUGGGGGACCAUCAAGAAGCAUAUAUGGAACAGAAGGGAGAUUUAUUUAUGAGAUGGAAAAGGGAACAUUGUUUCGCACAACUGACCCAAACAGGGCUAUUGUUUAUUUCAUGCCUUUCAGUGUGGUGAGAAUGGUUCGUUAUAUUUCCCGCAACCACAAAGCCAUGGGACGUGUAAUCAAAGACUACAUCAACCUCAUCUCCCGUACAUAUCCCUUCUGGAAUCGAACUCUUGGUCCCGACCAUUUUAUGCUCUCCUGCCAUGAUUUG